AUGCCGGACGAGUACAACGUCAAGAAGAAGAAACUCAGCUUCAAGGGAGAAACUAAAACCAAGAAGAAGAAGAGAAAGGCAGAGGACGAUGGCGAAGACAACAAGGAGACCAACGAUAAUGCCGAAGGCUGGGUUCCCGUAAGGGCGUUGACAGAUCUAGGCGGCCCGCUCUUCCUCACAUUCGCAUCCGAGCCCCCAUCCUGCCUAACCAUCGACGACAAGUCAAAAAUCAACAUGUCCACUCUCCAACCCCCAUCACAGGACUCUGACGACGAAGAUCCUCGUAGGAAACACACAGGAGGACCAGUGAACUUUGACACAGCAGAGCCAACAGCAGUACACCAAGUCGUGGUAGCAACCAUGAUCCCCGAUUCAGACCGCCUCACUCUCAAAGCGUACAACGGGAAGUACCUCAGUUCAGACAAAUUCGGGAUCGUCACUGCCCAUACAGAGGCUAUUGGGAUGCAGGAGGAAUGGACGGCGAUUUUGAAAGCAGACGAGGAGGAAGGCGGGAUUGCGUUCCAGAAUCAUUACGGAAAGUUCUUGAGUGUUGAUGAGGUUGCUGCCGAUACUGGGAAGGGAGCAGGAGGAGGGAUUCAGAUCAGGGCGGAUUCGGAAACGAUUGGGUUCUGUGAGAUCUUUCGGGCAAAGAUCCAGGCUCGGUUCAGGAAAAAGGCCAAGAAGGCUGGGGGAGAGGUCAAAAUCGUCACCAAGGACUAUGAGUUAGACCAGAGCCGCAAGUUCCAGACAUGGAAUCAUGGACGAGUCAUCGUGUCGAAUGAAUCAGUCAAGGAGCUCAACAAGGCCAAGAAGGAAGGACGGUUCUCAGAAGCAUUGCUGGAUCGUCGUGAGAAAGUCAAGUCAGAUCGCUACUGCAAGUAA